AUGUUGUCCGAACUCAUAAGUAAUUUGUCCACAAAUCCAUACUUCGGCGCAGGAUUUGGACUUUUUGGUGUUGGUGCAAGUGCGGCCAUACUUCGCAAAGGUUUACAAGGAGGUAUCAUUUUAUUUAGACGUCAUCUUAUGAUAACAUUGGAAGUACCAUGUCGGGACAAAUCAUAUCAAUGGUUAUUGCAAUGGAUUACGGCACGUGCUGCACGUGAUACCCAACAUCUUAGCGUGGAGACUUCGUUUGUUCAAAAGGAAACAGGAAAAAUUAAAACAAAAUAUGAUUUCAUCCCUAGCAUUGGAAAGCAUUUAAUGCGGUAUAAGGGAGUAUGGAUGCAGGUCGAACGGUCACGAGAACAGCAAACUUUGGAUCUUCAUAUGGGCGUUCCUUGGGAGUCAGUAACAUUAACUGCUUUUGGACGAAAUAAAGAGCUUUAUUUUGAAAUGUUAGAGGAGGCCCGUCUAUUUGCAUUACAGGCGACUGAAGGAAAAACCAUUAUGUAUACGGCUAUGGGGUCUGAAUGGAGACCAUUUGGGCAUCCUCGAAGGCGUCGACCAUUAUCGUCGGUUGUAUUAGAUAGAAACAUAUCUAUCAGAAUCCUCGAUGAUUGUAAGGAAUUCAUUAAUAACCCCCAGUGGUAUGCUGACAGGGGUAUUCCAUAUAGAAGAGGGUACUUGCUAUACGGUCCUCCAGGUUGUGGAAAGUCCAGUUUUAUUACAGCUUUGGCAGGGGAAUUAGAAUAUGGAAUAUGCUUACUAAAUUUAUCUGAAAGAGGACUGACUGAUGAUAGAUUGAACCACUUAUUAAAUGUUGCGCCAGAACAAUCAAUUAUUUUGUUAGAGGAUAUUGAUGCAGCGUUUGCGUCACGUGAAGACGUCCAGCAACAAAAAGCAGCCUUUGAAGGUCUAAACAGAGUAACGUUUAGUGGACUGUUGAAUUGUUUGGAUGGUGUGGCCUCGACAGAAGCUCGAAUUGUUUUUAUGACAACUAAUUAUAUUGAUCGUUUAGAUCCGGCAUUAAUAAGGCCAGGUCGUGUCGACGUCAAAGAAUAUGUAGGAUAUUGCUCCAAAUUUCAGUUGAUUGAGAUGUUCAACAGAUUUUAUCAAAAUAGCAAUGGUGCCCAAAAAUUUGCAGAUUCAGUUAUUAGCACAGGUAAAAAUGUAAGUCCGGCACAAAUACAAGGAUAUUUCAUGAGGUACAAAAUUUCAUCUGAAGACGAGAUUAUUAACAACGUUAAUGAAAUAUGGAGUAAUGAUGUUGGAAGAUAG